ACAUUAAAUCCCUUUGAGGGACAGUUGAGGUCACGAGUCUUUGGCAGCUAUAUUUUGGGGGUUGCGGGUUGAAAAGUUUGGGGACCCCUGCCUUAAAGGACGGUAGUUCCUUCUUCCCACCGACAGAGGGCGAUACUGACUUGUUUGAGAAACCCGCAUGUCACGUGACAGCCUGCAGCGCGCUCCUCUGUGCACCUGCAGAGAGCGGAGGAGGAGGAGGAGGAGGAGGGUGGAAGAGGAGGAGGAGGAGUGGAGUUUGGAUGCUUCGGUCGAGCAGGGCUGCUGCUUCUCUCUCGAAUUCGGCACAAGUUCUCCGAGCAAGUUUCAGUGAAGAAGUGUUGGAAUAUCUGGAUCAGGAAUGGAUCAGUCGAUAUCCCGGGUGUGCUGUGUUCUGCUGAGCCUGUUUACAGGUUUGGCUUCUGGUCUAGAGAUCACAACCACGGGGCAGACGUCUAUCGAGAAGGCCAGCGGGCAGAGUGUGAAGCUGGACUGUCAGUUCUCUUUGGGAGCUGAAGACUCUGGACCUCUGGACAUCGAAUGGAGCUUGUUAUCCUCCGACAACCAGAAAGAAGACAAAGUGGUGAUCAUCUACUCAGGUGACAGGGCCUAUGUGGACUACUACCUCCCCAUGAAGGGUCGAGUCCACUUCAACUCAGCCGACCCCAAGAACGGAGACGCCUCCAUCAACUUAAUGGCGCUGCAGUCGUCGGACUCAGGCACCUACCAGUGUAAGGUGAAGAAGGCUCCGGGUAUCCGCAGCAGGAAGAUGCUGCUGAUCGUCAUGGUGAAGCCGUCCAAGCCCAGAUGCUACGCUGAGGGACCCACACUAGAAGGCAAAGAUGUCGUGCUGAGGUGCAUAUCCAAAGAGGGCACCAGCCCUCUGCAGUACAGCUGGAAAAAGACCAGCGAUAGCAAGCUGCUGCCCGCCUCAGCUGUGUUGGACCCUGUGGCAGGAACUGUCAACGUGAGAAACGCAUCCUCUAGUGCAUCCGGCACCUACAGCUGCACCGUGGCCAACCGAGUCGGCACUGAGGAAUGUAUACUAAAUCUGAACGUGACGCCUCCUCCCAACACUGCAGGCAUCAUCGCAGGAGCCAUAAUUACAGUUCUCCUGAUCCUCCUAAUUAUUGCCAUCAUCCUGUUCUGCUGCUGCCGCGCCCGUCACAGGAAGAAGUACGAGAAGGAGAUCUGCAACGAGAUCAGAGAGGACGUCCCUCCUCCAAAGAGUCGUGUUUCUACAGCCCGCAGUUUCACUGUGGGCAGCCAGCGCUCCUCCCUGGGCUCCAUGUCACCUUCCAACCUGCAUGAGUACGCCCUGAAGCCUCAGUACGACAAGAUCCCUUCAUCGGAGGAGUAUGAGAGGCCUCCAAGCCGCGCCCCACUACCCCCACCCACUGCCCCCAAGGUGGCCGGCCCCAACCUCAGCCGCAUGGGCGGCAUCCCCGUCAUGAUCCCUGCACAGAACAGGGACGGCUCCAUCGUCUAGCCUAAGGGGAGGAUGAGGGGAGGGGAGGGAUUGGAGGAAGGUAGAGGGACAUAAACAAAUGAAGACGGGCUGCCUCGGCUGACUUUUAGCUCUUCAUUCUUUACAGAACGGGAGUUUUCUCCUCUUCUGAAGACCGGCUCUGCUGUGGAGAAACCGAGUUUUACUGGAAUCACAACAGAGCACAUUAACUUUUUAUCAAAUACAAAUACAAAAAAAACUUUUAUGAAUUUUACUUCCUGGACUUUGUCACAGAAAAAUGAAUUAGUAUGGAUAUAAAGCAGAAUGGUCAAUAUACAAAUUAUAUUGUACAUAAGUGGAUGGAUGCAUGUUUUUCUUUUCUUUUUUUAUAUAGAUGGCCCUUGCUGUAGAGAUACUCUAUGUUCAAAACAGAUCCAGGCCCCUUAUUGGCCAGCUGUGCAGCUGUGUGCAUGCAUGUUUGUGUAGACCUGCAGUUGUAUGUGUGCGUGGAUACAAAUGUGUGUGUAUGAAAACUAGGUUGGGAAAUGUAUUGCUCAUUUAUCGUCCUUUAAUGCCUACAUGACUCUACGAUCAUUAUUCAGUUUAGUCUCUGCUCGUAUCGGACAGACGUUUAAAUCCACACAUUUACCAUCAGACGAGAAGUUCUGACCUUUGGAAGCAGAUUUAUUAGAAGGAAACUUGCGAAUGUGAAUUAAUCCUGUGACAGAGUUGAAAAUUUAGGUCAGCCAUUUUCUGUUGAACAGUUUGCUGUUUGAAUCAUCCAGUUGGGCAAAGUUGGGGGGGGGGGGAAGCACUCAGGAUUGGCUCGUGGUGAGGGGGAGGUUUAUGCCGCUUUAUCCUGUGAUUGGGUGGAUUAUUGCUUCUUGACUGAGCUUUAAAAACAAUAAAAGACUGUCAUCCCUCCCCCGCACAACUUAGAGGAGCUAGUGUAAAGGAAAACAAGGGGGUCAGCUGCAAGGCAAGGUUCACCGAGCAAUCUGCUUUGAUUAUGUUUGACCAUCAGCAGGCCCCUAACCCUGUGACCACCACAUGUGGCCCUUCUACACACCGUAUUAGGCAAAGAGCACCAGGUCUUAAACAUUAUCUGUCGUAUCUGUGGCCCCCCCUCAGAUCUGCAGUGUGUGAAGUCCUCUUUUAUUUGGAUUACAAGGAGCCAAUAUCUUGAUUAACCUUCUCUCUGUGGUCGACAGGAAGCCUCACACAGCUUCUGGUGUUAAUUGGACUUUUUAAUGAAGGAUGUAGAGCUUGAGUACAUGAAGAGAAAAUGCCCACAAAGAGGAACAAAUGUGAAAAGCCUUAGAAAGCUGAAUGAUACACUUUGAUUUAAGUUUGUUUUGUUGUCUCUCAGUGCUGGAUCAGAAAUGAUUAGACGUAUAUUAGAGCUUUUCUAAACUUCUGAUACUAUUUCCUCCUUCCUGAUCGCAAUUCUGAGUCAUGAAUUUGCAAAUAACAGACUUAAUAAUCUUCAUCCUUGAACAUGAACAUAUACAAAUUCCAAACAACUUUCUAGUUUAUCUUGUUUGACAGCCAUCAUUGCUUAAAAAUCACAUAUUGAUAUUUCUGACUAAUAAACAUUCACAUUAGGAGACGAGUCUGAGGUACACCUUUGUUUCUUGUGUCGGCUAAAGAGCCUGAGAAAGACAUAAUGAAACAGACACAUUGAUUCUGUCUCGGUAUCCUCACCCAUUGGUUUCUCAAAAGGUGUUAUGAAGCCCAAAGAUGGUGGAAAUGACCAAAACCGUUUUAGAACCAGGCUGUAAACAUGUUUAACUCUUCUGUAAAAAUCUACCUUUUUAAUACGACUUUAAACAAGUUCUCAUCCACUUUAGGAGCCUGUCUCAGCUGAACACUAAGGGGAAGGCAGUUUUUUCCACUUCCCUCCUACAGAAACAGCUCAGUGGCUGUAGCAACACAACUCUCCAGAGAGCCAUCCACCAGAGACAGACUGUUGUUGUUUGCAAACUUUAAAAGAUAAACAACCUUAAAUCUGUUCUGCUCUGAAACAGUUGUUGACUCUGGAUCAGCUGCAACACAACCAUGAAGCAAAGAUCCUAUGGUGGCAGCUGUAGUGAUUUGUGGUGUAUGCAUCUGUUUUUGAGCAGAGGGAAUAGUUUUGGGUACAUCAAGUUGUUCUUAAGGGAGGGUAAUAAAUUAGAGUAUUGGAUUUAAACAGAGACAGGUGUACCUGCUAAUACCCAGCUGUGCAUUCCAGGCUGCAUCAGAGGCGUGUCUGAUCCUGGUCAGGGAAAAACUAGAUGAUAGAAAUGUUUGUUCAUUCAGCCAGUCCUUAACACUUAGAGGGAUAUUCUUGUCUUCAGUUGUUUGCAGAUGUGUUUGGAAGCCCCGUAGAAUCUCAUCUUGUCUACUACUUUACGACAAAAACCUGAUACGAUUACUCAGAGUGGGCAAAUUUGUAUUAUUUGUGCUCUUUGACGCCUUAUUCUACUCCUUAUUUUAGCCUUACACACACCUCCCCUCAGUGCACCCCUGUACAGCCCUCACGGCUGUAACUUCUAUUGUGCCUUGUAGCCCCAGUUGAGUUGUUUCAUAGCAGCCCGCCAAUGUGUGCAGGAGCUCCGUGCAGUAGCAUCAUCCUGAGCGGCUGUCACAGCCACUAGAACAAUAUAUUUAUCAGUACACAGUGAGAAUAUCGAUUGUUUUCUGUUGGAUUUUCCACACACUCACUCACCUCAUAGAAAUCUUCUCAGAGCUUCAAAAGCCACUAUCACUGUCUUAAAGCUUUGUUUUUGUAUUCCAAACAUGACUACAUGUUUUUUUAAAACUUUAUUUAAAAUGAA